AUGGCACUUACCAUUUCUUUCACACUGCUCUUGUGCCCAACAGGAGACACUGAAUUGCACAUUGACCUCACAGACUUUGAAAACAACAGAUCUUAUGCCAGGUACAGAUCAGUCAAGAUUUCAGGGGAGUCUGACAAAUACAAGCUGAGUCUGGGAGACAUGGGUGCUGGGGAUUCACUGACCUACCACAACAGCACAAUGUUUUCAACCAAAGACCAGAACAACGAUCUGGAUCCAAGUAACUCUCCUAACACUCUGCAUGGAGGCUGGUGGUUCAAUGCCUGUCUGGAGUCUCACCUGAAUGGGAAGCAUUUGCAAGGAGCCCAUGAUCAUCCUAAUCAUAGUGUGGUCUGGACCCAGGGCUGUGGGGACAAGUAUUUCUACAAGGUGUCUGAAGUGAAGCUAAGUCUUGUUUCCUAGCGUGAGA